CGAAUUAAUAUCUUCAAGGCAGUUUUGAGUUUUCCAUCUCAAUCAAAAUUUCAUAACCUACUUAACGGAAGUAUAAACUCAUCAAUGCUGUAAUAUUAAAGUCCAAUGGAGAUACGAAAAACUGGGAUCCUCUUGAGAAAACUGAGAGAUUCAUUUAAAGAUGUGGCACGUAUCAAGGACUCACUACAGGCAUAUAUCAUCCCACACAAUGAUGGACAUUUGAACGAGUACAUAAGUGCCAGAGAUGAGCGGUUGGCGUUUAUUUCUGGGUUCACGGGUUCUUAUGGUACAGCCAUUGUAACAGAGACCAAGGCCGUGCUAUGGACUGAUGGCCGAUACACCCUGCAGGCCAGGAGUCAGAUGGACGACAAUUGGAGCCUUUUCACUGAGGGUUUGGCCGACUCGCCGACACAGAGCGGCUGGCUGGUUGGGGAGCUGAGUGGAGGGCGAGGGCAAGCGACCCAAUUUGAAACAUCCCCCAAGAACCAACACUUCAGAAUUUGA